AUGGAGACUGUUCACCAAUACGGGUGUGCCACUCUUGAGAAAGGCAGCUCAGCCUCUCAUCUUACGUGUAACUCAUUCCGAAGUCCUCAUCGAACUCCGAAAAGCAUAGCUUGUUGUUAUGAGGGUAAUUACUGUAAUUUGAGAAUAACACCACCGCCCUAUAGACAACUUCCUAAGGAAGCGGAAUACUACGACGAGGAGUGGUUAGACAACAAGCUGCACCCUAUAAUUCAUGUUAUUCUACCGCUGUUGAUAGCUCUUUUUGCGAUUGCUAUUGCUGCGACAUGGUGUAUUUUGAAGAAAAGGCGCCGAGAUUUGAAGAAAUGGUGGCCUUUAGCCAAAAAGAAGCAGGAACUUCUACCCGUGCCGGAAUUGGAUCCAAUGCUUUACGAUGAUUCUGGAAGCGGCUCUGGAUCCGGAAAUGCAACAAUGGUGCAAAGAACUGUGGCAAAUGAUCUCAUUAUUGAGAAAGUCAUUGGGAAAGGAAGGUAUGGCGAAGUACGAAUAGCAAGAUUUAGAGGGAGUUUGGUCGCUGUCAAGACUUUCUAUACUACUGAAGAGGACUCUUGGAACAAUGAACGAGAAAUCUAUGAGACACAGAUGUUGAAUCAUGAGAAUAUUCUGCGUAAGUUUAUAUCUUCGACAACUUAUUCCAGUAUAUUCUAG